AGACACUAGCAAUCACCCUGGGCGCGCCCGCGGCUCGGCAUCGCAGCCUAUACGACAGCCCGCGGACCUGUGAGAAGGCCGACGCAUCGCUGCGUCCGAGCACAGCACGCUGUCGUGGCGAGUGCCGCCGCCAAAGCUGCACACCCACCACCCUGCCAAACCACUGCCAAAUCUCCAGCAGCCGAAGCGAUGGACCGCCUCAAGACCGAGUGGGACAAGGGCGUCUCCAAGAUGAAAACCCUCGGCCAGGAGCGCAAGGAAGAGGAAAAACCACAAGCGCAGAGCGCCGCCGACAUUUCUCGAGAGGAUUUGUUACAACUAACAAUGAAGCUCGGCGCGCGCCUGAAGGCCGCCGAGAAGGCGCAUCGGGAGGUCGCUACGCGAGCGAGGGACGCGGAGCGGGACCGAGAUGUCCUGAAGAGUUUUUGCGCGAAUACCGUGCUCGGGACUCCCGGAGUCCUCGAUGGCGUCUCGUUAGAUGAGAACGCCCUGACGCAGCUCUACGGCGGGCGCGAUUCCGAUGGUUCAGAUGCCCAGUCCUCGGCCCUGAAGGAGGCGCUGGCCCGCGCUUUAGCUGCGAGGGACUCCGAAACAGCGAGAGCCGACUCCGAGGCCGCGAAGCGCCAGAACGCCUCGUCAAAAGCCGAAGAAAGGAUCGUGUCCCUCGAGCUGAAGUUGCGGGACGCGCGGCGCGACGCGGACGGCGCGCCCGAGGCGCUCGCUGGCCUGGAGCUGUGCGGAAAUCAACCAGCUUAUCCUGAGAAUUAUUGCGAGGACCUUCGUGAACCUGCACGCCAUCGAGCAGACGCGGGAAUGGCUGCAACCUCGCGUCGAUGGCGUGCAGAUGCUGUUCCGGCGCGGGGCGCGCGACGUUUGAUUUCCACACAGGUCUGGAGGCCGCGAAGCGCGAGAACGCAGAGCUGCGCGAGGCCCACGUCGUUUUGAGAAGGGCCGCCGAGGACGCGCGCAGUCGCCUCGCCGACGCGGAGAGUCGCUUGCGGCGGUCCGAGAACACGUCUGUCGAGGACAAGAACGCUCAUGCAUCAAGGGCAAGGCAGUUGCAGACGCUCGAGCGCGAGAAGGAAGCCUUAACGAAGGAGCGCGACGCGCUGCGGGAGACGAAUGACGUGCAGAACGGCCAGAUCGUGAGCGAGCGGCAAAGGCACGACGAGCGCGAGGCUGCUCAUGCGCGCGAGCUCGCCGCGUCUCGAGCAUUGGGUCUCGCGCACGCGGCGGCGCUGUCGGCGCGCGUCGCCCACCUCGAGGCUGCUAAUGCUAUUAGCAAAGCCGCUAUUACUGCUGCCGCGCCGGCGCGCGAGCGAGCCGUGGCCGAGGCCCUCGCGCGCGCCGAGGCGGACCACACCAAACGAUCUUCCCUGGCGCGCACUAUUUUAGCGGAGAAGGAUAGCAAGGUCGAGAUUCUUAGACGAAGGGUCGCGGAGCUCGAGUCGGAGCUCGCGAGCGGCGGCCACGAGCAUCGGAAGUUCGUGGAGAUCGCGUGUUCCGGCGCGGCAAUCAUGCGCGGCCGGCCGCUCGAUCACGCCAUCGACGCGACGUCCGUUCGAUCUCACCCGUCGAUUCGCACGUAGGCCGAGCGCCAGGCGCGAAGAGAAGGCGCUCUGGCCAGCGAGGCCGCGCAGUCCAAGCUCGCCACGUCGCGCCUGAAGCGGGCCAUCCGCGACCGCGACAGCGAGGUGGCGGACCUCGCCUCCCAGUUGUUGGCCUGCCAGAAGAAGCUCGAAGAUGCCCGCCGAGGCUUGGGCAGGGACGCGACGAACCUGGAAUACGUCAAGAAUUUGUUGGUCCAGUACUUUUCGCUGCGCCAGAACUCGUCGGAGCAGGCGUCCUUGGUGCCGGUGCUCGCGACGGUCCUGGCGUUCACGGACGACGACCUGAGCCUAUUGCGGGCGCAGGCCCAGAAGUGGGAGGCGUCGCAGUCGUACUGGGGUGGGAGCGCUGAACCGGACGCACCCAACCCAUUGCUGACGCUGACGACGCUUGCGCCCGCACCACGCCAUAGGAAGGCGUCGCCAGUAAAUACCGGGACCUAGGACUUACUCGUACCACGAGGCCAUCGCCGCGACACACAAUGCC